AUGGAGGUCAUAAGCGUCAAGCUGAGUUCUGGAGACGUUCAUCGUCGAUUCAAGAUACGGGGCAAUGAUAUGAGUGAACUCUUCAAGGAUUUGACCGAGAACCUCUCUCAGAUUUCUCAAUCAACAGGAGAAUUCGAUGCCGCAUGGCAAGAUGAAGAUGGUGACAACAUUGUGAUCACUCGCCCCGUGGAACUUGGAGAAGCCAUCGAAGCACGCAAAGAUGCGACCCUAAGACUUCACUCAGUAGAAAAGAAAGUUGAAAAGGUUGAAUCGAGGCCGGAUAGCAAAGCCCAGACCACUGAACAGAGAACUGGUCCUUCAGAAGGAGCUGUCCAUAAGGAUGUGCUAUGCGAUAUGUGCGAUGGUGUGGUGAUCGGAAUCCGAUAUAGGUGUCUCCUCUGCGUCGACUACGAUUUGUGCCAGAACUGUGAAAGAACCGGAGUUCAUGCUCAUCAUGGUAUGAUCCGCAUUGUGGAUCCCCUACGUACCUUUGUGCCAUGGGGUGCUCGCCUGAGAUACAUGCCAUCAGGUCGUCAACGUGCGACCCAACAGGAGAAGGACCAGCAGCUGCACGAGAAAGCCCAACGAAUACAGGAAUGCGAAGGAUCUCCUGGUUCGUACUGA